ACAGCCACACUGUUGGUAUUUUUUUGUCUCUCAGUCUACGGUCCCACCAUCCCAAAUUCCAGGUGAAAAACAAGAAAAUGUAUGCACUAUCCAGCUCGCUGAUCCGGUCGCCGGCGCUGAGGCAGGGCCUCCAAAUGGCCGCUGCCAACCGCCAGGUUUCGCUGAAGGUGGUCUCUGUGGCAUCGACCCAGAAGGAGGAGUCGUAUUUUGAGAAGAAUGAACGCCUGGGAAGGAAGCUUUCGCCGCAUCUGACCAUCUACUCGCCCCAGCUGACUUCCAUGCUGUCGAUUAUGCAUCGUGGUACCGGCUUGGCUCUGGGCGCUGGCGUGUGGGCUUUGGGACUGGGCGCCCUGAUCUCCUCGCACGACAUUAACCACUACGCGACCAUGGUGGAGGGAUUGCAGCUCAGCGGCGCCACCCUGACUGCCCUCAAGUUCAUCAUCGCCUACCCGGUUGGCUACCACACAGCCAACGGCGUCCGCCACUUGCUGUGGGACACCGGCCGAUUCCUUAAGAUCAAGGAGGUGUACUCUACUGGUUAUGCAAUGGUAGCCACCUCAUUUAUUCUGACCGCUAUCUUGGCUCUACUCUAGGCUUUUUUGACUAGUCGACGUAUUAAAGUGUACUACGAAGAUGGUGUGAAAAUUGUUAUAUGCAAAUAUAUGUAAAGUAAAUAUUUAUAA